UCCUGGGGUCAUGAUGGGCAGUAAGAUGGCGUCUGCCAGCAGGGUCGUUCAGGUAGUCAAGCCACAUACUCCAUUAAUAAGGUUCCCUGACAGGAGAGACAAUCCUAAACCUAACGUAUCAGAAGUUUUGAGAUCAGCAGGACUACCAUCUCACUCUUCUUCAAUUUCACAGCAUUCUAAGGGAAGUAAAUCCCCAGAUUUGCUGGUGCAUCAGGGUCCACCAGACACUGCAGAAAUAAUAAAAACAUUACCUCAGAAAUACAGGAGGAAACUUGUAUCUCAAGAAGAAAUUGAAUUUAUCCAACGUGGAGGUCCAGAAUGAUCACUGACAGUGUGGCUGCUCUUUUUCAUCAGACAGAAGACUAGUCUUUACAAUAAAGGACUUCCAAAAUGGCACAUGAGAAAUUAUAUAGUAAAUAACUUGAAUAAAUACUCUGCAAAAAAA